AUGGCUGGUUGUAACUACGUCCUGGCGCCCACUCCGUUUCCACGCCUGUCCGCGCUGCGGGCGCACCUGGAGCGCGGCCGCGGCUGCGAGGAGAGCAGCCUGCUGGCGCGCGGCAGCCUCCUCUCGUCCCUCCAGGGCGCCGAGCCGCUCUGCGGGCGCGGCAGCCCGGCGCGGCCGGAGCCGCCCUGCGGCGCCCCGUGCGCUGCGCCCUGCCGGAGCGCGCCGGGCCGGCAGCCGCCCGAGGCGGACGCCGAGAGGCCCGUGUCCUUAGCGGCAGACUACGCGCCGGCCUCUCCCGGCGAGCACGCUUCCAAACCCGGCUUCCUGGCCGCUGACUCCAGAGCCUCUUUCGAGGCGCACGUCAGAGGCAAUUUUAACAGGAUGGUGGAGGCCGUGGACAAGACGAUAGAGAAGAGAAUCGACAAGCUCACCAAGGAGCUGGCCCAGAAAACCGCCGAGCUGCUGGAGGUGCGGGCGGCUUUUGUGCAGCUGUCGCAGAAGAAGCAGGAGGUGCAGCGGCGAGAGCGGGCCCUGAGCAGGCAGGUGGACGUCGCGGUGGAGAUGAUCGCGGCCCUGAAGCAGCGCCUCAUCGAGUCCGAGGAAGAGCUCCACAGGAAAGAGGAAGAAGUUGUUACUUUCAACCACUUCCUUGAAGAAGCGGCAGAAAAAGAAGUCCGGGGAAAAGCCAGGCUCCAGCACUUCAUUGAGAACCUAUUGCAGCGGGUGGACCUGGCAGAAAGGCAGCUAGAGUAUUACCAAAAUCAGCAGAUUGCGUUCCACCACACUGAUGUCAGCGAACCAGUGUUUACAGACAUUUCAUUACAUAAGAAACCCAGAUGCCUGAGCCGAGGAAGUCAACACACUUCAUAUAACAUCCCUGAUGCAAAGCCUCAUUCCUUUCAGAAAGGAAGAAUCUUAUUGAAAAAAGUAAAGGAUGAAAAAAACAGCAUUCAGCCAGUCAAAUACUUCUAUGAACCUGUUGAUUGCCCAAGAGAACUAUGGAGACCACAAAAGAAAAGCGAACCAGUCUGCUCUGCCAGAAAGGUGAAUGCAAAAUCUAGGAUGGGGAAAAAGGCCAAACCACUAUAGGAACAGUUGAUAAUAUAUAUAGUGACAGAGGAGCUUGGCUUCAAAGGAACAGAUAUUCAUUGAAGUUAAUCAUCCUAUUUUUUCCUAUCCAUCUGGCCAUGCCAAAACAUAUCGAGUAUAAUAUAUAGAAAUAGAUACAGUAUGGAAUAUUUAUAUAUUAUUUAGUAAUUCCAUUCCCACUUCAGGCACUAUAAGAGAAGUGACAUUUUAUUCAGUUUACACUGAGGUUUUUCUAUUUAUUUAUUUAUUUACAGAGCUUAUUUUAAAUGACUGCAGUUAUCUUGCUGGGCAGUACUGUAGCUAUAUGUUAUGUUAUUUUAGUGGCAGCAUGUGGCUUGGUUAUUUACUUUCAAUCUGUGCUGUUGCUGAAAUUCAGACGAAUCCAUUUAAUCGGCACCCAGGUAUUCAGUCUUUGUGCAUAGGUAGGUAUACGAUCAACGAUUAACUGUCACAUGUACGAACGUACUUAGAUGCCAGAAGUCCACUUCGGUUGACUUGAAGGGUGUCUAUAGCAACAGACUGCUACAAAGAGUUUUCUGCUAUAAGCCCAGGCGGGCAGGUUCCCGUACUUUCUUACAUAUGUUAAACAGCUCGAUCUUGCUGACAGCCGCACUCUCUGUUAGUACGAGUUUGAGCUGCUUUGGUGUUCAGCACAGCUGUCACACUCCCGAAGCUUUAUGUUAUUGCUGUACGUACCAGCCUGUGGUGUCACUGAGCACUGAGGGCAGAACCUGGCACCGCAGCCCCCACCAGCACUUUGAGGCAGAGGAGUCAUUUCUUUACAAAGUUACAGCAGCAGCUUUUUAACAGCUGCAGAGUAAACACGUGCAAACCCUGUUCUUGCUUUAAGGCAAGAAAGGCCAAAACUGGCUACGAUCAUAACCUAAACCCAUCAAAUUUUUAUCUCUAUGAAGAAUCCUUAUAGGGUUGAGACACUCCUGGAUUUCAAUAGAAACUCCAAGACUAAGGGAGUUAGAGAAGAUUCCAGGACAGGAAUUUUUCACUGGCAUGCGUGCGUUUACAUUGGUUUGUGCCAAUUAAAAGGAUCCUCAUUCAUCAGACUUUUUAAUCAAGGUAAUUUUUCAGUGCAUACUGUUUUUUGGUAACAUGAAUCCUCAUGCCAUGUUUACAAAUAUGAACAUCCUGUUGAUGUUACUGAUGAGAUUAGAUUUCUCAAGAAACAGAAAGAAUAGGUGAAACAAGUCUGUGUAACUUUUUAAAUGCUCAUAACAGAUGUAAAUUGUUUUUGUGGAAGGUGAUUUUUACAGUAUGUGUACAAAGAUAUGUGAAAAAUGUUUUUCAUUUUUUAUAGUUAUCACUGUAGGCAGAACUGAUUAUUAAAAGACAGUGUAUCACUAUGAUUACUGCUGCAAUAAGCACCUGAGUUGCAAUAUUUUUAAAAUAGAUGAUGACCAAUCAGUCAGCUAAGAUCAGGUAAUUAAAGAUGUAUAUUUGUCAAAGUAUGAGGUAUGAGCCCCCAGAAAGUAGAAUGCAAGGAAUGGAAGUACUAUUCCUGACUUUUAUUUUGGAGAGUGUAGUUGGGACAAUCAGAUAACAUGCGUAAAGUUUCUCAACACUGUUUCAAGGGAAGGUCACAGUGUAAAACCAAUUCAGGUAUUUAGGUUGCAACUACAUUUCAAUAUUUGUUUAGCUAUCUCACAAGGCCACAUUCAGCCUUAUGCUAGGCAUUAAGUGCAGGUGAAAAUGAUUUGUUAGUUGUGUUGCAUGUUUUCUGAUCAGACAGUCUGUUAAGAGAACUUUCUUAGGCAAGCCACAUAAUAUAAAUACUCUUUAAUUUUUUCUAUCAUUUCCCUCAUCCUUUUAAAAAAUGAAAAGUGACCCCUUUUGAAGAUAAUAUUGAUGAACUUUAGAAAGAAAUGAAGAAAAAUAUAUUAAUCUAUUCCAUUAUUCACUUGACACUGAGAGGAUUCUUUUAUAUUUUUAAAUACCUAUCUGCUCUGUUAGACACCAAAGUUAAGUGCAACUACCAGUUCAUGAAUGAGAUAUUUAUUUUGUUAUUUAUCAUGUCAGAAUCUUGACUGUAAAUUGUCCUUUUGGGAGAGGAAAAGAGAAUAAAAGACUUUGCAUGUUCUUUAACUUUUCAGAUCCUAAGUUACAGUUACUUGCUGAACACAUGCCAGCUUAGUUAAUUACCAAGAAAUUGGAUUGCACUGUAACCCCAGAUAAACAUUUUUAGAAUAUAAACAUUCUAAUAAUAAAGAUAUAUUUCUCA